AACAGGAAGGGUGGAAGCAGUGCGCCAGCAGCAAGAUCUCGUACAGCAGCAAGUAGCAGUGGAAUGUGGAGAUUUUACACUGAAGACUCACCUGGACUUAAAGUGUGAGUUUAAAGUGGUUUUCUAUUUUUGAAAGCCUUUUUACUCUUACUACCGGUAUAUAAAAUUAAUUGUAAUCUUUCUUAGCCCUUAAAACCCUAAGAUCAAAAUCUGAAUUCUCAUUUGUUGCCCCUACUCAUUUCCUAUCUCAUUACCAUUAACUGAUAAAAUGUCAAGCAAAUUCAUCUUGCGUGAUCAUGUCCGUAAUUCUCAUGACCACUCUGUUUUACAAAGCAUUGAUAUUACAAGGAGAAAUUUGAUGCUGAUCACUCUUAGGGCUUAAAGGGUUAAAAGUCACAUGGUUGGAGAAAAGAUCCCUCAAUAACCCCACCAUCAUCACCUGAAUGGGUGGAAGGUUCAUUACAAAUUCUAUGGGGGAGGGGUCUGAACAAGUUGAUUUAAAAUCAUGUUUACUGCAAAUGUUAAGAUUCAACACUUCAUGGUCAGUGGCGGAUCCAGAUCCAGGGGAGUCCCCCCCCCCCCGUAUUUUUAGACCGAACUAGCACUGAGGUGCUCUUGUCAGUGGUAAAAUCUUGAAAACUUGAAAGGUACAUUGUACUGCUCCUGAAAAAGCCAAAUGGGCUGCCCUUGAUCCUUUAAGCCCCAAUAUCAACAUGCAUAUUCUUCUCACUGUUUUUAUACAUCCGCUGGAGAGAAUUUGUUCAAACAUAAAGAAGCUUCACUUUGGUGAUCAUUUCCUUCAUUCUCAUGACCUGUAUGUUUGAUCAGGCAGUGUUAUUAUUGGGCAAAAUUGGAUGCUGGUCACUUUUGACCAGAGGCUUUAAGGUUUAAAUAAAAAAUAAGACUUUUGGUUCAAAUUGAGUUUCUGUUUUUGCCAUUCCAUGGAGUGACAUACAUGUGAUAGUAAUGUUAAUGAUAAAUAUACUACUACAUGAGAAAUUUCUGCAAUCUGAUUGGCUGAGAGCAGUGGUAUUUCAGCUUAAUUUGAAAUACCUACAUGUGAAAAUUGCAAACCUUUUGUGGUUAUUAAAAAUUUUUAAUGUUUGUCUAUUUUCAAAAUUGUCUCAAAUUUCACUUUUUUUUUUUUCGAAAUAUCACAGGGGUUAUGUUCCAGUUCUGGUUAUUAAUGAGUUUAUUUGUCUCUUUCUUUUUUUUUGCAGUUUUUCAUGAGUUUAUUGUUCAUUGCUGGGGAAAAUACAUCUGGGGAAAAUACACACGUGGAUAA